AUGGCCCAGCGCCAAGUUCCAUUGCACGUCACACAGCCGACGCUGCUCACGAACCUGAACAUUCUCCCGGCAUCGAUAUCAUGGCAAAACUGUACACUUGAAUCCGACAAGUACGUCUGCGUGCGCCAGGUCAACAAUGAAGCAAACGCGCCCGCCGAGACCGUCAUCAUCGACCUCAAGAAUACGAACAAUGUCAUUCGGAGACCUAUUCGCGCGGAUAGCGCUAUCAUGCACUUGACCGAGCCUAUCAUAGCUCUCAAGGCACAGGGCCGGACACUGCAGCUGUUCAACCUUGAGACCAAGGAGCGCCUGCAAACGUACAGCCACCAAGAGGAUAUUCAGUUUUGGAGGUGGAUCAGCCAGACAACUCUUGCGCUUGUCAGCACGAAAGCCGUAUAUCACUGGGAUGUCCUCGACUCGAAGAACGCUGUUGCGCCGCGCAAAAUCUUCGACCGACAAGAGCAGCUUGAGAACAACCAAAUCAUCAAUUACGUGACCAACGAUGACGAAAGCUGGUCUUGCUUGGUUGGCAUCACCUCUAACCCUGCCGGCGGCAUUCGUGGCAACAUGCAGCUUUUCUCAAAGGCAAGGAAUGUGAGCCAGCCUCUUGAGGGCCACGCGGCUACUUUCGGAACUCUUCGCCUCGAUGGUGCAUCAACCGACACAAAGAUCUUCGCUUUCGCAGUCAAGUCAUCUACUGGGGAGGCUAAGAUCAAUAUCGUCGAGGUUGACCACAACGCUGCGAACCCUGCCUUCCCGAAGCGCCUCAUCCCGAUCCAUUGGCCCGCCGAGGGUACUGGCGACUUUCCACUGGGCAUCCAUAUUGCACACAAGUACGGCAUUUUAAUCGUAAUCACGAAGUUUGGUUUCAUUCACCUCCACGAUCUCGAGACUGGUACCGCUCUUUUCCUGAACAGGAUAUCUGAGGAAACAGUCUUCACUACCGCUCGUGAUGACGAAGGCACUGGUGUAGUUGUCAUUAACAAGCGAGGACAGGUGCUCCACACGACUAUUCGUGAAGAUACCUUGAUUCCGUACAUUAUGGAAAACCCGGCAUGCGCUGAGAUUGCCUACAAGUUGGCGUCAAAAGGUGGACUUCCAGGUGCAGACCAACUUUAUUCGCAGCGAUUCGAGACGCUCAUGUCACAAGGAAACUACGCGGAGGCAGUCAAGGUCGCUGCCAGCUCACCGCGGGGUUUCCUUCGUACGAUGAACACAAUCUCCAGACUACGUGCAGUUCCCAGCCAACCCGGGCAGAUCACUACGCUUCUGCAGUACUUUGGUCAAUUGCUGGACAAGGGCGGCUUGAACAAGGAGGAGACUCUGGAGCUAGCUCGACCUGUGUUUGCGCAGGGCCGUAAACAUCUCAUCGAAAAGUGGCAAAAGGAGGGCAAGCUGCACUGCUCUGAAGAGCUUGGUGACCUUGCUAAGCCGCAUGACCUGAACCUCGCUUUGGUUAUCUACAAGGAAGCAAACGUACCUCAGAAGGUUGUCGCGGCACUCGCAGAGCUUGGCCAUUAUGACCUCAUCCUCCAAUAUUGCAACAGCGUUGGCUACACACCUGAUUACAACGUCCUCCUUCAACACGUUGUACGUGUGAAUGGAGAGAAGGGUGCUGAGUUCGCGUCUCAAUUGGCCAAGAAUGAGGGCGGUCCAUUGGUCAGCAUUGAUCGCGUUGUCGAUAUCUUCCAAUCCCAAGGCAUGAUCCAACAGGCUACCGCCUUCCUUCUCGACGUUCUUUCAAAUGAUUUGCCGGAAGAAGGACACAUGCAGACUAAAUUGUUGGAGAUGAACUUGCUCAAUGCACCCCAGGUUGCAGACGCCAUCUUGGGCAAUGAGAUGUUCCAUCACUAUGACAAGUUGCGUAUUGCUCAGCUUUGCGAGAACGCUGGUCUACUCACUCGAGCCUUGGAACACAAUGAUGACCCCGCCGCUAUCAAGCGCAUCAUUGUCCAAACCGACAAGCUUCCAGAAGAGUGGCUUAUCAACUACUUUGGUCAACUGACUGUAGAGCUAUCCCUCGAGUGCCUUGACGCUAUGCUUACAACAAAUAUCCGCCAAAAUCUGCAAGCCGUCAUUCGCAUUGCCCAAAAGUAUUCUGACUUAUUGGGUGCCACUCGCAUCAUCGAUCUCUUGGAGAAGCACCGUACAGCGGAAGGCUUGUACUUCUUCCUCGGCUCCAUUGUCAAUGUCAGCGAGGACCCCGAUGUUCACUUCAAGUACAUUGAGGCCGCAACUACCAUGGGCCAGCUGAACGAAGUUGAGCGCAUCUGUCGUGAGAGUAACUACUUGAACGGUGAAAAGGCCAAGAACUUCUUGAAGGAGGCCAACUUGACCGAACAGUUGCCUCUCAUCAUUGUCUGUGACCGGUUCAACUUUGUGCACGACUUGGUUCUUCACCUCUACAAGAAGCAGCAAUUCAAGUCCAUCGAGGUCUAUGUUCAGCGCGUCAACCCUGCCCGCACCCCAGCAGUUGUCGGCGGCCUCCUCGAUGUGGAUUGUGAUGAGAGCAUCAUCAAGGGCUUGUUGGCUUCCAUUACACCAUCGUCUAUUCCCAUUGAUGAGUUGGUCGCCGAGGUCGAGUCGCGCAACCGUCUCAAACUGCUUCUUCCAUUUUUGGAGCAAACCUUGGCGAGCGGUAACCAGCAACAAGCAGUAUACAACGCGUUGGCAAAGAUCUACAUCGACAGUAACAACGACCCUGAGAAGUUUUUGAAAGAGAAUGAUCAGUACGACACUCUUGUUGUCGGAAAGUACUGUGAGAAGCGUGAUCCAAAUCUCGCGGCGAUCUGUUAUACGAAAGGUCAGAAUGAUCUCGAGUUGGUCAACAUCACAAACGAGAACGCCAUGUACAAAGCCCAAGCCCGAUACUUACUUGAGAGGGCCGACUCUGAGAUUUGGGAUUACGUCCUAAGUCCUAACAACAUUCAUCGCCGAUCACUUGUUGAUCAGGUCAUCUCAUCAGCGGUGCCCUCUUCUACCGAUCCAGACAAGGUUUCAGUUGCAGUGAAGGCUUUCAUCACCGGUGACAUGCCUGCCGAGUUGAUUGAGCUGCUGGAGAAGAUUAUCCUUGAGCCUUCAACUUUCAGCGACAACCCUUCCCUCCAGAACUUGUUGAUGCUUACUGCUUGCAAGUCUGACCGUGGCAGGGUGAUGAACUACAUCCAGCAACUUGACCAAUACACUCCCGAAGACAUCGCACAGCAGUGUAUUGAGGUUGGCAUGUAUGAUGAGGCUUUUGAGAUUUACAAGAAGCACGAGAACCACGUCGAGGCUGCCAACGUUCUCAUUGAGCACAUUGUUAGCAUUGACCGAGCACAAGAGUACGCCGACCGCGUCGACCUGCCCCAGGUAUGGAGCAGGGUUGCAAAGGCACAACUCGAUGGUCUACGCGUCUCAGACUCGAUUGAAUCCUAUAUUCGCGCCGAAGAUCCAUCCAACUUUUUGGAAGUCAUCGAAAUCGCCACCCAUGCUGGCAAAGACGAGGACUUGAUCAAAUUCUUGAGGAUGGCUCGUAAGACUCUCCGUGAAGUUCCUAUCGAUACAGCGUUGGCUUUCUGUUUCGCUCGCACAAACCAGCUGGCGGAGCUGGAGGACUUCCUACGCGCUACCAACGUUGCCGAUGCCGAAGCUUCGGGAGACAAGGCCUACGAAGAGGGUUACCAUGAGGCUGCCAAGAUCUUCUAUACUAGCAUCUCCAACUGGGCCAAGCUUGCCACCACUCUCGUCCACCUUGAGGACUACCAAGGUGCGGUUGAAUGUGCCAGGAAGGCGAAUUCGAUCAAGACAUGGAAGCAAGUCAACGAGGCCUGUGUGGCAAAGAAGGAGUUCCGUCUUGCUCAGAUCUGUGGCCUCAACCUGAUUGUUCAUGCCGAAGAACUAGCAGACCUUGUCAAGCAGUAUGAGCGCAAUGGUUACUUUGAUGAGCUGAUCAACCUUCUUGAGGCAGGUCUUGGCUUGGAGAGAGCUCACAUGGGAAUGUAUACUGCCCUCGGAGAGUCGCUUGCCAAGUACAAGCCUGAACAAGUCAUGGAGACAAUCCGCAUUCACUGGGGACGUAUCAACAUUCCCAAGAUGAUCCGUGCGGUAGAGGAGGCUCACCUCUGGCCCGAACUCGUGUUCUUGUAUGUCCAUUAUGACGAAUGGGACAAUGCGGCCCUGGCCAUGAUGGAAAGAUCGACGGAUGCCUGGGAGCAUCAGGCUUUCAAAGACACGAUUGUUAAAGCUAGCAACGUUGAGAUUUACUACCGGGCGCUGGGAUUCUAUCUGGAGCAACAUCCCACUCUCCUGACCGACCUCCUACAAGCGCUUACUCCUCGAAUCGACGUCAACCGCGUAGUCCGGAUGUUCACCAAGUCUGACAACAUUCCUCUGAUCAAGCCUUUCCUUCUCAACGUUCAGUCACAAAACAAGCGUGAGGUGAACAACGCCCUCCACGAGCUCCUUAUUGAAGAGGAGGACUACAAAACACUCCGCGAUUCAGUCAACAACUAUACCAACUACGACCCUGUCGAUCUUGCACAGCGCCUGGAGAAGCACGAUCUGGUAUUUUUCCGCCAGAUUGCGGCCGACAUCUAUCGCAAGAACAAGCGGUGGGAGAAGUCCAUUGCCCUGUCUAAACAGGACAAACUCUUCAAAGACGCUAUCGAAACCGCCGCAACAUCUGGCAAGUCAGAGGUUGUCGAGGAUCUGCUCCGCUAUUUUGUCGACAUUGGCAGCCGCGAAUGCUAUGUCGGUAUGCUUUAUGCCUGUUACGAUCUCCUCCGACCAGACGUCAUCCUCGAGAUGUCGUGGCGCAAUGGUCUCCAUGACUUUACCAUGCCAUACAUGAUCAACCUCAUCGCCCAACAGACCGCGACUCUUGAGGCGCUGAAGAAGGACAACGAAGAGCGCAAGGUCCGUGAGGCCUCACAGCAGAAGAAAGAGGAGGACACGCCAAUCUUGGGUUCGCGUCUCAUGCUCACGCAGGGCCCUAUGGGCUCAGCUCCGUCUCCAGGUCCUUAUGGACAGACGAAUGGCAUUGCGCCACAGCCCACUGGAGGCUUCCGACCUUUCUAA